AUGAUAAUUUUUAAAUGUGCGCUUAUUAUAUUAUCUUCAACUUAUAUUUUAUCCCUUUGUUCUCAAGUUGUUACCCAAACAAACUUUUUCGACACUGGCCUUGCAUUUAUGUAUGUAGCCAGUGGAGCAUUAGCUGGCAAAAUCAUAUAUGACAGAUACCAGCAAAUUCAUAUACUAGGAUCACUAACCCCAAAUCCGAAUGUGACUUCCUUUGCCAAUAGGAUAUCUUGUUUCUCAGCCUCAUUUUUGUCACUGGGCUUCCUCGUCUACUACUUUUUGUUUUUAUUUAAGGUGGAUGAACAAUGUCUAAGAGCGUUAAAUAUAUUUAUAUGUGGAUUUGGAACUUUGUACAUGUGGGUGCAGUGCAUCAUUACUACAUAUAUUUGUACACUUUUCUUUGACAAAAGAUUAACAGUUCUUAGGCAAUGCCUUGCAAAUGUGAGCUUCCCCAUUCUAGUUGUGAUGGCAAUAUUUGGCACCGUGUCUUCAUUUUUGCCUGAAGAUGGUACAAGAGGCGUUUACGUGUGUCACGUCGUAAGUUCCCUGUGUAGUUAUAUUCUGACAGGAAUAUUCUGUAUAUUUUUAUUGUCAUUUGAAAAGGACUAUGAAUAUUUUUCAGAGGGGCUUCGAACAGAGUUACUUCUGGAUGAUGGUUGUUCGCUGAACAACGCGUCACUCUCCGAUGUCGAUAGUAUAUUUGAAAAUCGGGAGCCUAUAUCGAAUACGAUAGUUAUAGCCAGGAGUAUCGCAUGCGUAGAUAACGAUAGUGGUAUGUCGUCGGGAGAAAACGACGAGUCAAUGCGAUACGUUUACAAUAAAGUUAGUGAUACAGUAGCCAAUAGUGAAAAGUGCCUAACAAAUGAUAAUCAACGUGCUGUGCUUUGGAAUGAAAUUCCUAGUUGUUCUAAUGUUAAUAUAAACGUUUCGGGCGGAAGCGAUGUGAUCGAUUCUAAUUUCAUUGUGAUAAAUGUGUACGAUAGUGAUAGUGAUUCUGUAAAGUACGAAGCGGUCGGUAGAAAUGUGUACGAAGAUACGACACUAAGUGACGAAAGUAAAAGUUUAGUUCCUGUUCGCAACGAAAUUGUAAAGUCGGAGAGUCAGAAGUUGGUAAGUUUGUCCCUUUCGAUCCUACUCGCGGCUCUGUUACAAGCAAUGCGUUGUUUUGCCCAAUUCCUAGAAGACAUUGUAACCCCACAAAGAUUA